UGAGAAUAUGUUGAAAGUAUUUACAACUAAAAUUGAAGUUAAAAUUGGAAAACAACGAAUGUUGAACUUAAAACAAAAACUAUUAGUAAGUUCACUUUGAGUGAAGUGUACAGUGCCUAAGAAUAUCAAAAAUCCAAUCCGAUUUGAUUCGAACGUUACUAAAGCAGCACGAUUGCGAUGAAUUCAGAAAUAUUUUUAAAAAUUCAAUGGAUAUUUUUUAUUCUGUUUUAUUGGUGCUGCACCGGCAGAGGCCACAACAAGGAAACGAAAGCAUCGCAGGAACCGCCUCAUUGGAAGAAGAAUGGAAAUGAGUUUACAAACGGUUUGCUUAAGGAAACAGCACAUAAUUUGGCUCCGAGUUUCCAAGGAGACACGAACAAGAAAGAUGCUAUGGCGAGUCAAGUUGAACUGGGCGAAGAACAUGAACAUUUUGGUAUUCGGCCAAUGCUGGAUGUGAGUUUUAAUGAUACGAUUGAUCCACUGAAACGAAAUCCUCAUCUUCACCGCCAGCUACUAUCUGGGAGUUCGGGUGGUGACCGAAGGAGAAGCCGGCGAAACAACGAUGAUGUCGACAGGCAGGUUGAUUACGGGUAUAAAAUUGCAAAUCAAGACUUGACAGGCACUGUUACUUCAGCUAUAGCUGAUAGGGAUGAUGUGAAUGGUGCCGGGAUGUCAAGCCUGUCAUCAGGAGUCAUCGGUAGAAACAGAGAUGACAAAGAUUCCUGGUCGGUCUCGGCGGAAAUGGGGAGACCUGAACGAAAAAUUCUCUCUAUCGAGGAAAACUCAGUCAUUUAUGAUAAAGACGGCAUUGAACCAGAUGAUAAUAAGCUUCGGGUGGGUGGGGAAAUUCAAGGAUUUAGGCCUAUAGCGGAUCCUUUUAGCAGUAACAAUGAUGAUGACCUGAAACGGGAAGAUGGGAAUGAUGUUCUCCAUCGGUCCGAGGAUUACGGUUACUCAUAUGGUUCUUUUGUGGCAGAUGCACCAAAGGCUUAUAAUGAGCGAGGGAAUUUGCAGGAAAUUGUUACCCGGAGUAGAGAUAAGACUGUUUCCCGGAAACCAAGAAGUACGAAACAAUUGGGAACAGGAAGGAAAAUGUGGCCGGAUGGCAGUACUGAUAAGCUUGCGUCUGCACCGAAGCAAACCACUGUUUAUCAUCAACAUCAUGAAGACUACAAACGGGACACAAGUGAUAUUGGGCCGAACUGUGACUGUACUUCGAUAUGUGCCAAAUACAAAAAUGGAACGGAUAUGGUAACCGAUGUUGAUGAGAGUUCCGGAGAUGUGUCAACAGUAACAAUGGGGGAGGGCGAAGAACAAACUGAUUUACCAGAUAAUGAUGAAAGAAGGGAUGACGACAAAGAUGAAAACGAAAGACCAAGCAACCAAAGAGUAAUCGACGAAGAAGAGGAAGAUGAUGAUAAAAAUUAUGCUAUCGAAGAAUAUUCCGAAAAACCUGUUUCGACGUCCGGCGAAGCAGAGGAGCAAAGUGAGGUUUACAUUGAUUUGAAAAUUGUGUUGAAAAAGUUGGAAAAUGGCAGUUUGUCGAAGGUUGAGCCAUUGGAAGUUCAUAAGAAAAUUGUCGUUGAUCGCAGCAAACAAAAACCCGCAUCCGUCGGAAAUUCGUUCCCCAAGGACCUGGUGAAGGCCAUCUAUCAAUUAGUGGACAGCGAUGACAGCCUUCGGACACACGUGGCUCCACGUCUGCCGGACCGGACCAAGUUGUUGUUCAAUCUGGAACAGAAAAACCGCAGCGGAGGAAAGAUUAAUGACCGUCAACCGGACCGGGAUCUACCGGGCGGUGCUGGUCCACCGAGAGGCAGCCGAAUUGAGCAACAUCAAAACAGCGAUAUGGUACUGGCAGAUGCGAUUGUGGCAAUUGGACAACUGAUUCGGCAAAAAUCUGGACAUUGAAGGAUUUAUUUUUAAACGUUUAAAGAGUCAUUUGAUUUUCGUAAGUUUUGUUUUUGUA